UUCUAACUCUCAAAAUGGCUAAGACGAAUAAGGGUCCGAAAGCGAACGUAUCGUGGGUGAAACCAGCAGAACCGUCAUUUUUAAAGAAAUUCAAGAACGAUGUUGGCUUUAAGGAAGGACCCACCGUUGAUACCAAGCGUUUAGAGAUGCCAGCCUUGGAGGAUGACAGUGGCAGUGAUCGUGAAGAUGAGCUGCCUCAAGUUGUCAUUCUCAAAAAGGGAGAUUUGAGCGCUGAAGAAGUGUUACAGAUAAAAGAGGUAAAGGAUGGUACAGAUAAAGAAGACAAGCCUCCUGCGGACGGAAAGAUCCUGUUCAAGAAGCCCACGAAGCGCUCCUCUGACAAGUUCCAGGGCAUCACCGCCAGCUCUAACAACAACAAGAAGAAGAAGAGUGAAGGAGGAGAUGAAGAGAAAAAGGAGGAGAAGUCUGAAAAGAAGGUGAAGAACAAGAGUCUUCUCUCUUUCGGAGAGGAUGAGGAUGAGGACUAGAAGUUAAUUCACCGCAGGGAUUUCAGACUAGAGCAAUCAACCGCUCGUGGAUGAUGGAACUGAUCUACUGCGGUUGUUGGUUUUUACUAUGGGCAAAAAGACCCAACAUAGAAUAGCUCCACAUCGUAGUUUGUCCCACUAGACUAAGAUCCUUAGACAUUACGGGUCAUCCCCUCUUUUUUGGAGGUGGAAUCUGGACAUGUAUGUGAAACAAACCCCUUCAAUCACAUUCACGAACAAAGAUCUUUUAGAUUACAUAAGAUGCAUGCUGUUAUUCUUUGUCGACUAUAAGACAUGUCUCGGCUGUUGGAAAUGUUGUAUAGUGACUCACUGUGGGCCUAUUAUCCAUCCAUUACAACUGUAGUCAUCCGUCCUUCAGUGGAUCCUCUGCACUUUUUCAUAUAGCCAACACAGUCUGGAUCGAAGAUUUUAUCAAGGUAACCCGUGUGACACCAGCUACUAAAGAAGAAAGCAAUGAGCUGGUGGCUUUUGGUUAAAAAAAAUAUAUAUAGUCUGGAGCAAUGUGAUACUUUUCUACAGUCAAUAAUUCAUUGGAUGUACAAAUCUGUUUUAGCUUUGACAACGGAGCGUCACAAGAUGUCUUUAGUUAAACCACUGCGUUGUUUUGAUGCCGAGGUGUUGGAUUUUUCUGUGAUUGUAUUGUGUGGUUUUUUUAUGAUGGUGUUUAGUUGAAUAAGUUUGAAAUGUAACUAUUAAAAUACACGAAGGCCUUACGAUUA